CGUCGAAGUUUUGUAACAGUUAGUAUGUAGCUUAAUCUGUGUUAGCAGUGCGCGUAUCCGUAAUUUAACUUGCAGAAAGUUUAAAGAUGGAGGUUGUUAAUGCUGGUGUUGAUAUUUUGGGUAAUGAAGUUGAUGGCAAGAAAAACAAAUCGUAUGCAGGUAUUCCGGAGGCUGCCUUUGUUGAUGAUGUUGAUGCAUUUAUGGCUUUAGAAGAAAAUGGUGGCGAUGCAGAUAAAGUUCUUAGAAGACUGGAUGAACAACAUAGCAAGUACAAGUUUAUGGAAUACAGCCUUGCUUCAAAGAGAAGACGACUGAAGAAUCAAAUCCCCGACUUGGAAAAUACUUUGGAUAUGAUCAAGUUGUUACAGGAGCAACGUGAUAAUCCAAAGGAGAUGGAAACUGAGUUUCUGCUGUGUGAACAAGUUUAUUUCAAAGCAUUGGUGCCUCCAACAGACAAAGUGUGUUUGUGGCUUGGAGCCAAUGUGAUGCUGGAAUACACACUAGAAGAUGCAACUAAUCUCUUGGUGAAAAAUUUAGAAGCAGCAAAGAAAAACUUGGAACAUGUAGCACAUGAUUUAGACUUUUUAAGGGACCAGUUUACAACAACUGAGGUGAAUAUGGCACGUGUGUACAACUGGGAUGUCAAAAAACGGCAGGCUGCUAAAUCCUCCUCUUCAAAACUUGAAACUUAAUAAUCCAGUUUAAAUCGAAAUUUAUGGACUAACCUUUAUUAAGAUGUCCUUUUGAUCAGUUUGCAGAACCACUUAUUCUAAUUUAUAGUGCAUUUUGAAAGAUUUUUAUCAUAAGGAGAGACAAUGCUUCGGUUUCUUGUUUUAGCAUUCAACUAACGACAUAGAAUGCAGUACUGUUAUUCUGCAGAGAAUAUAUUUUGUUGCUAAAAUACUUGCAUUUAACCUGCUAACAGAAGAAUUAACAUAUUUCACUGAUUCUGUAAAUAUGGUCAGGAACUUGCACAUUUUGUUUUCUUGGCUGUAUCUGUCACCUAUAGAUAAGUAAAUAAAGCAAAUUUGAAAUUGUAUUA